AUGGACACUCCCUACCAGCAACUCAAAAACAAACUCAUCGAACGUUUCACACAGUCGAAACAGGCAAACCUGCUCCAGCUACUCGAUGGCGAGAAACUCGGUGAUCGUAAACUGACCGAACUUUUUCGUCACCUCAAAAGCUUGGUACCAGACAUCGAUGAGGAGGUACUGAAAGCUCGCUGGCUCUCUCAUCUCUCUCAAACGACUCAAGCCUGUCGCGUCACGCAGAAGACCGCAUCAAUUAAGGAGCUCGCUGAAGCAGCCGAUCGGCUCUAUGAGGUGCUCCAGCCAGUGAGAGUCUCAGCAGUCUCCAACCUGGAACAGCAAAAUGCUGAACUCACCAAGGAAGUUGCCAGUUUAACGGCUCACGUCUCUCGUCGCGACGCCAGACCAGCAUCAACACGAUCACGCAAUCGUUCACGCAGUACCAGUAAGCUCAACAAAACUACAGGGAUAUCCUGGUAUAACAGCAAGUUUGGUAAGAAAGCCCGCAACUGUGCACCUGGUUGCAAUUCCUCGUGGAUACGGGAUCAGACAUAUCAGUCUUCCCCCGCAGGCAGCAGAUACCAUCAAAAAGAUCUACGGGAUACCAACUCUUUGCUGCAAACGGUUCAGUGA